CUCCCUGUGCCAGCAGCAGUGCUUGCGUUGAUGUACCAUGAGAAACUGGUGUCCUGCUCCAGCAGCAGUCCUCGUCUGCUUAACAGGAACCCUGAGUCCAGCUCAGCWGUAGGCAGCAGCCAGGGACAUGAAGACAUGUUUGAUUGCUGCAGCCCUGUCAGAAUCAGGGGUCGACCUGCUACUUUCUUCAUCCUUCAUGCAUUGGGUGGAGCUGUCGUCUUCAUCACUGAUGGAAUCAUAGGCUCCUAUGCUGGCUUCGUCUACACCUACGCCGUGUCUCCUCCUCUGCUGAUGGGCCAUAAGAUGGCUGGCUGUCUGGACAGCAUAUUUUGGGCCUCGAUCACAGCAGGACGAUUGUCUUCCAUCUACCUUUCCUACAGAUAUCCAGCACCUGUGCUGCUCACCAUUAGUCUGGUAGGAAUCAUACUGGUUCAGUGUCUGCUGAUGAUCUUCUACACCAGUUGUGUGUUCCUUUUUAUCGGUACGUGUGUAUUGGGCCUAUGCAUCAGCAGCGUGUUCCCCUCCAUGCUGGCUUUCACAGAGGAUGCCUUAGACUACAAAGGUUGUGCUACAACAGUUUUGGUGACGAGUGCCAGCACAGGAGAGAUGAUGCUGCAGCUGCUGGUUGGAUCAGUGAUCCACAGUCAGGGCAGUUACUCCUUCCUGCUGUGUUCUACAGUGACCUCCUGUAUUGGCUUCUGCCUGUUCCUGCUGUUCCUUUACAUCCAUUGGAUCCACAGAAACCAUCCAAAAGAGUGCUCUUCCUACAUGGACAUGAAAGAGAAGCAGGAGGCUCCUGAGGAACCAAACCCCACAGCAAAAGAAGCUGAACCUCCUGGUCUCCCAAACCUCUCCAGAUCCCACUGGGACUGAAUGUUUGACAAYGUCUGAAGCCUGAUGAUCAACGAGCCACUCAGUGGAUGACCAGUGAAGACAAACCUGUAACAUAAUAAACUUUGGACAUGAGUGGACUGGUUAAACUGGA